GGUGUCACAGCUCUGAUAUUCUCCUCACUUUCGGAGACAGACAGAGAGCAACUCCCCAGCGGGUAUCCUAACUGAGCCUAACUCUGACUGGAACACAACUGACUGGUGUGGGCUCCAGGAUUCAGCACCUUGGACAGCGACGCAGCGCGGCUCUCCAACACCGCUCAGCCGAGGGAGAGGGCGCAGAGCCCGGGCACGCAUCAGCUCCACCUCCCGCUCUGGAUCAGGAUAUGGUGCUCUCCUGCCACGGCUCUCCCGAUGGCUCGCAAUGGGCUUUAGUUUGACCGAUGCAUUAAGAAUAACCGAGAAAUGCCCUUGACAACAGUCCACACAGAGUUGCAUUCAGCAUGACGGCGGCACAGACUGAGACUGAGCGAGUAGAGGAAGACUCGGCGGCGAAACUUGCACAAGACUAAAACCCUGCAUGUUUAAACAGAGUUCAAGUGUUUUUUGCAGAAAACUAACUUGAGUUUUUCCACACUACCAUGGGGAUAAGGCACCUUUUGUUGCUACUAAUCUACCUGGACCCGUUGUGCGUACUGAGCGCCGCUACAGGCGGUAAAAAACCCAAGCCGGCGCCAAGGAAGACCCCCAAAGCCACUGCGGUCCCCACGGUGGUCCCACAGAAGACCCCGCAGCCGGCGCCCGCCAGCAACCACGACACAUGCCUGGGCUACUACGACGUGAGCGGGCAGUAUGACAAGAUGUUCGAGUGCAACAACACGGACCACCGGUACUGCUGCGGGACUUGUUACCUGCGCUUCUGUUGCGAGUACAAGAAGGACCGGCUGGAUCAGAAAGCCUGCAAGAAUUACCAGUCGCCGGUGUGGGUGCAGACAGCCGCGCCGUCUCCCAUCCCGACCGGCGAGACGUACGAUCCGAGCAUGGAUCAGACCAACACGGCGGUCUAUAUCACCUGUGGGAUCAUAGCCUUCAUCAUCGUGUUGGGAGUGUCGGUGAAAGUUGCGUACGACAAAGCUACAGAGCCGCCUCAGGAAAUGAAUAUACAUAGGGCCCUUGCAGACAUCCUCAGGCAGCAGGGGCCAAUCCCCAUAUCGCAAUACGACUGUGAGAAUUUUGCAGCGAUGAACGGCUCACCAAAAGACAACACACCAGUCAGAACCUCAUCCAAGAACCACUACACCCCUGUUCACACCUCCAAAUCCAACCACGGUCACUACGGGAAGGAGAGCGUCCGGAGUAGCGGAGGCGCCGACCUCCACAACUUCAUCUCCUCGGGCUUCGUGACGCUGGGCCGAGGCCAUCCCAAAGGAGAAAAACAUUGGCCGGUCCGCUCCCAGAGUCACCAUGGUACCCAUCAGCACAACUAUAACCAUGUGGCUCUAGGUAGCCCUACACGCACACCUAAGAAUGCUCACCGAUCAUUGAGACGUGAAAACAAUCGGAUAAGCGGCAUCCUGACCUCGCAGACGGAGCCCUAUGACCUGUCUUUCUCACGCUCCUUCCAGAGCCUGUCUCACCUGCCGCCCUCCUAUGAGGCGGCCGUCAAAGCCGACCUCAACAGGUUCUCAUCCUUGAAGAAACUCACAGAUAAAGACGUUGACGACUACUACACUCGUAAGCGCCACCUGCCCGACCUGGCGGCAAGAGGCACUCUUCCCUUGCAUGUUCUCAAAAUCAGUCAAGACCAGCACCGGGAACCGCCGCAGCUCCAGAGCCAGCCCCCGCAGUCCUCCAUCUCCCAGGCCCUUCCCCAGUCGCAGUCUUCACAGCAGCAGUCCGGGCAAAGGCAGAGGCCCCGCCGUGUCCAGAGGGCCAUGUCCCAAGACCGCGUCCUGUCCCCGCAGAAAGCCCCACAGCAGGAUUACAGCAUGUCUUCUAACGGUAUGUCCCCGUACGGAGGCAGAAUCCUCUCGGACGAACAGCUCCUGUCUGCCGAACGUCUCCGAUCCCAGGAGCGCCUUCUUCCGCAGGACCGCCACACCUCGCAAGAUCGCCUCUACUCCAAGGACCGCAUGUACUCCAAGGACCGGCUCCUGUCGCAGGAGCACCUGUACUCGAAAGAUCGCCACUACUCCCAAGACCGCCUCUACUCGCAAGAUCGCCUGUACUCGCAAGACCGCCUCCUAUCCCAAGACCCUCUGCUCUCGCCGGACAAGCUGAUGAUGUCGCUGAACCGGGGCAUGGUGAGCAGCAUUUCCGGCGGGUUUCGCGGCAGCGACAAGUCGAUGUCGCGCGCCAUCUCGCACACAGACGUGUUUGUGCCCACCACGCCUCUAAUGGAUCGCUACAAGAUGACCAAAAUGCACUCCCAUCCCAGUGCCUCUAACAAUGGCGGUGGCAGCAGCGGGGCGCCAGGGGCCGGAGCCACCGGGCACUCCAACACUUUAGCCAUGAACCAGACAGCCACUAAGAGGCAGGCGUUUGCCUCCAGGCGGACUCACACUGUGGAACAGCUCCACUACAUCCCGCCGCACCACCAGCAGCAGCAACAACAGCCACAGCACUACCGCACAGGCAGCAAGACUGAGGUGACUGUGUAACGACUACUACUGGAAGGAGCACCGCUGUGUGCCAGAGGGGGGGUUUGAUAGAGGGACUUGGGUACAUUGGCCUUCUGUAGAACCUGAUAAUGUAAUAAAUUCCCGAUAAUGUAAUAACCCCGAUAAUGUAAUAAUAAUCUGCACUUUGUUCAUUGAAAAUGUAAUAAAACCUGAUAAUGUAAUAACUUCCCGAUAAUGUAAUAAAGUGCAUUUCCCAAUAAUGUAAUACACUUUUUUACCAAUAAUGUAAUAAAGUAUAACAUUAAUGGAAGGUUUCUGAUCAAAUCAAAGAUGGCGGAAAAUCCAAUAUGGCCGAAAAACCCCAUUGAGGAUGCAUUGAAUAACUCCGAUAAUGUAAUAACCCCGAUAUUGUAAUAAAAAUCUGCACUUAAAUCCAUUGAAAAU